GUCACAUCAGCGGUUCGAUCCAGAAAGAAGUUCUGCUGAGUUUUUAAUUCUCCACAUUUUUUCACUGAAGGAAAAGGAAAACCUAGGAAACUUUUUUUUUUUAAUCGGUUCCGGGAUUUUCUGACAAGCUGCAGCUCCUCAAAGACUCGGUCAUCGGUUCCGUUUGGACCGAACCCGUGACGCAGCCGUGGGUUUUACUCCCGGUGCUCUCAGCUGUGUCAGGGAAACCGAACCCGAACUCGUUCUGGUCGCCGCGUCUGAAAUGAACCCGAGGUUCUGAUCCGGACCUUUAAUUGGACUCGAACCUCCCUCUCUCUGGGCGCGCGCCUGCGGACUAAGCGCGCGCCAGCGUCAGUUUCCAGCUGUGAGCUCGUGAGGCUGAGCGUCAGUUUCUCCUCCGGUGGUUCGGUUCGGAUCUGUUCGGUUCCGUUCGGACUGGUGCUUCGUUCCUCGGUUUGGACCCAGCCUGCUCUCCCCGGACUCAGCGCUCCUUGGACCCAAACUUCGCAGCCACUCAGGGUUCGGGAUCCAUCCGGUUCUAAAAGAACAGCCCGGUUCUUGAUUUUCAGUUUGAGGUUUUUAAACAGAACCUGGGUCCCUGCCGGUCCAAUAAUGGGUUGGAGUUUCCCGGUUCUUCUGACAGUUCUGUGCGCUCGGCUGUCGGCUGGAGUCCCGGACGGAGCAGAAGUUCAAGUGAUCGACGUGCUCGGCCUUCAGGACGCCAAGCAGAGCGUCGCGGCGGUGGAGAAGCUGUCUGGGGGUCUGAGCGCGCUCAGUGACCUCUACGUGGUGUCCACGUUCCGGCUGCCGGCGAAGAUGGGCGGGGUUCUGUUCGGACUCUACAGCAAGCAGGACAACAGGAAGUACCUGGAGGUGGCCGUCAUGGGCAAGAUCAACAAAGUCCUGGUCCGGUACGUCAAAGCCGACGGGAAGAUCCACACCGUCAACCUGCACAACUCCAACCUGGCCGACGGGCGGACUCACUCCAUCAUCGUGAGGCUCGGGGGCCUCCAGCGCAGCAGCAUGCAGGUGGAGCUAUACGCCGACUGCCGAUUGGCUGACUCCAGUCAGGGCGGGCCCCCAUUGGUUCCUUUUCCCAGGGAGGCGGACAUGGUGGAGAUCCGACACGGACAGAAGACGUACGCCCGCAUUCAGGGUGCAGUGGAGUCCCUCCGCCUGGCUCUAGGGGGCAGCGUUGCUAAAGCAGGAGCUCUGACCGACUGUCCCUUCCAAGGAGACUCAUCAGCCUACAACUCAGUGAGCGGCGAGAUGCACUCCAUCCUGGGUGAGCACACCAAGGCUCUGAUUGGCCAACUCAUCAUCUUCAACCAGAUCCUGGGAGAGCUGCGGCAGGACAUCAGAGAGCAGGUGAAGGAGAUGUCUCUGAUCAGGAAUACCAUCCUGGAGUGUCAGGUUUGUGGUUUCCAUGAACCACGGUCUCGUUGCUCUCCAAACCCAUGCUACAAAGGAGUCUCCUGCAUGGACAGUCUGCAGUACCCUGGCUACACCUGUGGACCUUGUCCACCUGGAACCACUGGUAACGGGACGCACUGCAGGGACGUCGAUGAGUGUGAGCUGCAGCCUUGUUAUUCUCCUGAAGCCUGCGUGAACACAGUGGGGGGAUUCAGCUGCAAGCCAUGUCCUCCAGGCCUUUGGGGGGCGCCGCUGGCUGGAACUGGACUGGACUACGCUAAGACGCACAAACAGGAGUGUGGGGACAUUGACGAGUGUGUGGAUCUUCCUGGCGCCUGUACAUCAAACUCUGUCUGCAUCAACACUGUGGGCUCCUACAAAUGUGGAGGCUGUAAACCCGGUUUCUUUGGCAACCAAACAUCGGGCUGCUUCCCCAGGAAGUCAUGUGCAGCAUUGACCUUUAACCCCUGUGACACCAACGCCCACUGCGCCAUGGAGAGGAACGGAGAGGUCUCCUGCAGGUGCAACGUGGGCUGGGCCGGGAACGGACACACGUGUGGGAUGGACACGGACAUCGACGGCUACCCCGACCGCUCGCUGCCCUGCAUGGACAACGACAAACACUGCAAGCAGGACAACUGCGUGUCCACGCCAAACUCGGGUCAGGAGGACGCGGACAACGACGGGAUCGGAGACCAGUGCGACGAGGACGCAGACGGAGACGGCAUCAAGAACGUGGAGGACAACUGCCGUCUGGUGCCCAACAAAGACCAGCAGAACUCGGACAGCGACUCUUUUGGAGACUCGUGUGACAACUGUCCCACCGUCCCCAACAGCAGCCAGAAGGACACGGACAACAACGGGCAGGGAGACGCCUGCGACCAGGACAUCGAUGGAGAUGGUAUUCCCAACGUUCUGGAUAACUGUCCCAAGGUUCCCAACCCGAUGCAGACAGACAGAGACAGAGACGGAGUCGGAGACGCCUGUGACAGCUGUCCUGAGCUCAGCAACCCCAUGCAGACGGACGUGGACAACGACCUGGUGGGAGACGUCUGUGACACCAACCACGACACGGACGGAGACGGCCACCAGGACACCAGAGACAACUGUCCCGACAUUCCCAACAGCUCCCAGCUGGACUCGGACAACGACGGCCUCGGGGACGACUGCGACCACGAUGACGACAACGACGGCGUCAUUGACGACUACGACAACUGCAGACUGAUCAUCAACCCGAACCAGAAAGACUCAGACGCUAAUGGAGUCGGAGACGUCUGUGAGAACGACUUCGACAACGACGCCGUGAUGGAUCUGAUCGACGUUUGUCCAGAGAGCGCCGAGGUCACUCUGACAGACUUUCGCGCCUAUCAGACGGUGAUCCUGGACCCUGAGGGCGAGGCUCAGAUCGACCCCAACUGGGUCGUCCUGAAUCAGGGCAUGGAGAUCGUGCAGACCAUGAACAGUGACCCGGGUUUGGCUGUCGGCUACACGGCGUUCAACGGCGUCGACUUCGAGGGGACGUUCCACGUCAACACGGUGACCGACGACGACUACGCCGGCUUCAUCUUCGGCUACCAGGAUUCCUCCAGCUUCUACGUGGUGAUGUGGAAGCAGACGGAGCAGGCGUACUGGCAGUCCGUCCCCUUCAGAGCCAUGGCCCAGCCCGCCCUGCAGCUCAAGGCGGUGAAGUCCAGAACCGGGCCGGGGGAGUUUCUGAGGAAUGCUCUGUGGCACACCGGAGACACCUCUGGAGAGGUGAAGCUGCUGUGGAAGGACCCCCGAAACAUCGGCUGGAAGGACUUAACCUCGUACCGCUGGCAGCUGAGCCACCGGCCGCAGGUGGGAUACAUCAGGGUGAAGCUGUUUGAGGGGACGGACAUGGUGGCGGACUCCGGCGUCGUCAUCGACACGUCGAUGAGAGGAGGCCGACUCGGAGUUUUCUGCUUCUCACAGGAACAGAUCAUCUGGUCCAACCUGCGCUACAGAUGUAACGACACGGUGCCAGAAGACUUUGCAGCUCGCCGUCAGCAGGUGCUCAUGCACAUUCAGGUCUGAGUGCAGCAGACGGACUGUUCACACACACAGAUGCAGUGAAUGAAACCUCUCAGAGAGCCGAGCGUCUGUGGAUCCGUGUGGCCUGGAGUCUGACUGGGAGUUGGGCUGUUUGAGUGAAAGUGUGAUUGUGUGACUGGCAGGAAGCUGAUAAAACACAGAAACCAGCCAUCAGAGCGCAGAGAAGCCUCAGCUUCAGUGUUUCUAUCAUCCCCUCCAUGGUUUUAACUCUGUGCUGCUGUAAUACUUUAAUAUUGUUCUCAACAUGUUUGCUUCUGUCCUGAUGACAAUUGUCUCCUUUUAGAAAAAGACGUAAAAACAAAAUGUUGGUGUUUCCAUUUGUUUCUGUUUUUAUCAACCAGUUUCACUGCAAGAAUUUUUAAAGGCACAACGUUUUUGGUGGAAUCCUGACAAUCUUCUCUUUUAUAAAAACACCCGCUGUGCACGGUGGCUCAUCCUGAGCUGCAGCACCAGGUGCUGAUAUGUCAAUAUUUUAUUUUAUAAUGCAUUUUUAGAGGUAAUAUAAAAUUUAACAGUGCACGUAA